AUGUCUCAAUACUACGAACCGCAGAGUUGGCAGGCUCCUGCCUCGCGCCAGGUCUCUUGGGAACAACCCGUUCCGCCGUCUCGAUCAGGUAUGGAUUUUGUGGACUCGGCCCAGAAUGGAACAAAACUUUAUAUCUCUAUAUACUCACGCUCCGUCUCUACAGGCUCCAGCUCGGUCUCCCAGCGCGAGGAUAGCCCGGCCUUUUCCUCCCAAUUUGACGAGGUUGAUCGUGCGAUUGAUAAUCUGGUCAAGAGCGGGAAGCUUUGGAAUGCUCCUCGCCGGGACUCGAUGCCCAUGAUGAUGGGUCGGCCCUACCCCGACUAUGAUCCUCGCAUGGCGGGUGGCGGCCCCCAGCGACACCAUUCGAUCAGCGAGUUCGAAGGCUCACGGAUGCACCCGUCCGGCGGCAACGUGCAGGGCUUCUAUGCCUCCCAGCGGUACCAGGGCCACCAGGGCCAUCAGGGAUCCCAGGGGCCUCCGGGACCCCAGGGUCGCCCGAAUGAAGUAGAGCAGAUGAUGCAGGCGAAGCGUCGGAUGGCAGCUCAGCGUGAACGGGAGCUGCGCAACUAUCAUCAAGAGCAGCAGUACAACCGAAGCCUCCUCGCCGAAAUGUCCGCAAGCAAGUCCGACCGCUCUGUCAGCCCGGCGGCUGUGAGUGAAGAAAGCCGCCGAGACUUACUGGCUCGCCAACACCGAGCCCUAUACGGCAACGAGAGUCCUGCUUUCUUCCCUCCAGGCCCUCUGCCAGACGACAACUCGCGACCCGAAAGCCAGGCUGGCGGGACUCCAUCUUCUGCCGGUGUCCGCGGAGCCUCUCCGCGAGGCGUGGACCUCUUCGGUCUAGCUCAGCCUGGCGCAUCUGUGGAUGGUGCAUCUGGCUUGCAGUCCCCAUCUCGUGCAAACAGCACCUCUUCGCCUAGUUCCGCGAUUAACGCCGGUUUCCCCGAGCAGCCCGUUCCUUCGACCUCGUCGCCCACCGCCGCCGACUCGGCUUCUCGCCAGCCUUCUGUAAAGUCGACGGGGGGCCCCAUCGGCUCUGGCUCUGUCGCGAACUCUGUCGGUCCCAUUGGCUCUCGCCCAGUUCCAGGCCAGACCUCAGCUCCAGCCGCCAACCCUGAAGCCGCAGCGGUCGCGAAUGAACGCUCCACUUCCGCUUCCUCUAACCCAGCCGUCACUGCUGCUGCUGCCGCCGGUCCCAAGGAAGCUUCAUCUGGUGUGGGUCUAGGCUGGAGCAACGGCAGCGGUGUCUGGGGCUCCAAGAGCGGACUCGGUGUCCAGGCCUCGGUAUGGGGCUAG